CUUGUUGACUUUGGAAAUUCCACUCCUCCCGUCCUCGUCCUCCUCUCCUCGCCGUCCUCCUCCCAUGGCGACCGCCGCGAUCGGCCGUGCCUCCUCCCUUUGCUGCUGGCGGCGAUCGUCCUCCAGUGGGGUUUCCUCCCUCUCGCCGUCGACGCGAGGCCUUGCAAGACCCUCCUCAUCGCCUACUCCUUCUCCUUCACCGGAAACCCCGCCCUCCUCCGCCAGCCCCACCACCCCCACCACCACCCCCUCCACCGCCCCCACUUCCUCCCUUCUUUCCCGGCCGUCGACCUCGCGUCCUCCGAUUCCGCCUCCGCCUCCGCCUCGGCCUCGUCGGAGGAGGUCAUCACGAUCUUCGACGCCUCCGAUCGCCAAUUCGAUGGCAGACCCGCCUUCGUCUUCUUCGAUCGCCGCGUCUUCCCUUCCCGAGAGGAGGGGCCGCAGCGCCCGCGGUAUCCGCAGCUCCUGCAGCGGCAGCAGCGGCCGGUGCCCCUGGGGUACUUCGAUCUGAGCUCCCUGCGCGACCGCACCGUGGACAUCCUCAGCGUCGUCGUCGCCUUGCUCUUCGGCGUCGGUUGCGGCGCCCUAACCGCAGCCACCAUGUACCUGGUUUGGUCUCUCUUCGCUACCCACCGCGGCGAUGAUUUCCAGGAGGAGUCGGAUGAUGAGGACGCGAGCCCCAAGAAGAUGGGCUAUGUCAAAAUUCCUGCCGCGGAUGCCUUCCCAGCCCCAACCAAAGCCUGAAGCCUGUAGAUGCUGUAUGAACAGUUUCGUAUAAUCGUUUAAAUAAAUUGUGUGGUGUACUCUGUCUUUAGUCUCGUGUAAGUUCCGCGCGUUUAUUCUGGAUGAUUGAUGCUUUGUCAGAAAGGCUUUCGCUUUGUUUUUAAUUGUCUGUCCCUAACUCAAUCGCCCAAUUUCGGGUCUUAAUCUAUUCUGCAAUUAAGUUAAAGCAUCAGCUGCGUUUUA